AUGAAGACUUCAACUUUCGCCCUGGCCGCCUUUGCGCCUAUGGUUUUUGCCGCCCGCUUCCAUGAACGACGAACACAUCCUGAGCCUGAGAUGCCCGCAGCACCUGAGAUGCCUGCCAUGGAGCACCCUGUUGCUGCACCGGCUGCCCCAGCUGAGCAUCCAGUAGCCGCUCCCGCUCCCCCUGCUGAGCAUCCCGCUCCUCCUGCUGAGGUCAAGCACCCUGCUGAGGUCGUCGAGGCUCCUGCCAAGGUUGUCCACCCCGGUGUUACCAAGGAGUCCAAGACUGAGAUCAUCAUCAUCUGGCACAACGCCGGAGCUGGUGCCGAGACCACAACCGUCAACGAGAAGGUCACAGUUACUCAGACCAUCACCAAGGGUGGAGAGGUUAUCGAGACUAAGCCUGCUGAGGCUGCCCAGCACACUGUUACCGUUGGUGGCCCUGGAGGUCUUGUUUACCAGCCCGAAGAGCUCCACGAUAUCCCUAUCGGUGACACUGUCGUCUUCGAGUUCCUCUCACAGAACCACACCGUCUCUCAGUCUGGCUUCGACACCCCCUGUGAUGCUAUGGAGGGCGGCAUGGACUCUGGCUUCAUGGCCAACCCCAACAACACUGUGUCUCCUCCCCCCCAGGUUGCUAUGCAAGUCAUGGUCGACACUCCUCUCUGGUUCUACUGCAAGCAGGGCAACCACUGUGGUCAGGGUAUGGUCUUCUCCAUCAACCCCUCAGCUGAGAAGACCCAUGCCAAGUUCAAGGAGAUGGCCAUCCAGCAGAAGGGUGACGGUAAGCUUGCUCCCAUCCAGGGUGGUGAGCCUGCUCCUCCCGCCGCUUCCAAGCCUGCUGAGGCCGCACCACCCGCUGCCGCUCCUCCCGCUGGCACUGAUGCUGCUGCCGCUCCUCCUGAGGCUACAGGAGUUGUUCCUGGCAAGGGCACUGUUGCUCCCGACGGCAGCUGUGUGUGCCACGUUUCUUGCGCCGCUGGUGCUUUCCCUGCCGCGGCCCAAGGCAUCAACUCAUUUGGUGGCAUGGCUGGAGCUAUGCCCUACAACCUUGGCGGUAUUAGCUAA